CCCCCUAGCGUGGCAGGGCGCCUUCUCCUGCCCUGGUAGCUGUCACAGCCAUUUUGGUUGCGGGCUGGCGACCAAGCAGUCUGGAGACCCUGGGGUGGCGUCCUCUGGGCAAAACUGCGUAGGCGCCAGGUUCGUGAGGCCGCGUUGCCGCCAUUUCUUAGGAAGACGUCCUCCAGUCCCGGUUCUCUGUGUACCUUCAGCCAGCAACUUUUAGCUUUUAGCCACCCGCGUGGUCCCUGGAGAAGCGUCUUCCUGCUUCCCCUGGCCUUAUUGACCGCGCCCCGACCUCUCGGGCUGGCCGGCCGGCCGGCCGGCCCGGCAGGCGUUCCGAAGCACGUGAAGCCCGGCGGACCCAGGGGCGGCGCUGGCCUAUCGCCGAGACUGGCACGCACCAUGGCGCCGCCUCUGGCCCCGUUCUCUGCGCGUGAACGUGAGGAGGCCACUCGCGAGGGGAGGAGCCCCGUGAGCUUCGCGGACGUGGCCGUGUACUUCUCCCCGGAGGAAUGGGGCUGUCUGCGCCCUGCGCAGAGGGCCCUGUACCGGGACGUGAUGCGGGAGACUUACGGCCACCUGGGCGCGCUCGGAUUCCAAGGCACCAAGCCGGCGCUCAUCUCCUGGAUGGAGGAAGAGGCUGAACUGUGGGGUCCAGAUGUCCGAGAUCCGGAGUUGGGAGAGUGUCUGACAGAAGACACAGGUUCCAGAAACAAGGAAGAGAAAGGACAAAGAGAAGGUACUGGGGCACUGGAGAAGAUCCUGUCUGUGGACACUUGGCCUCUUGGGCUGAAGGCUCUCAAACCCCCUUCUGCUGGGCUCUCUUACAGUUUGGAGCAGUCAUCCAAGGUGCCUCACCGUGGUCGCCCCCCACUCUUUGCCCAUCCCCCUGUCCCAAGGGCAGACCAGCGUCAUGGUUGCUACCUAUGUGGGAAGAGUUUUGCCUGGCGCUCCACUUUGGUGGAGCACCUGUAUACCCACACAGGUGAGAAGCCCUUCUCUUGUCCUGACUGUGGCAAGGGCUUUGGCCAGGCCUCCUCUCUGAGCAAGCACCGGGCCAUUCACCGUGGGGAGCGGCCCCACCGCUGCCCUGACUGUGGCCGAGCCUUCACCCAGCGCUCUGCCCUUACCACCCACCUACGGAUCCACACGGGUGAGAAGCCCUACCGCUGUGCUGACUGUGGCCACUGCUUCAGCCAGAGCUCUGCCCUCUACCAGCAUCAGCGGGUCCACAGCGGCGAGACCCCCUUCCCUUGUCCAGAUUGCGGCCGCGCGUUUGCCCAUGCCUCAGACCUUCGGCGCCACGUGCGCACCCAUACAGGCGAGAAGCCCUACCCGUGCCCAGACUGUGGGCGCUGCUUCCGACAGAGCUCCGAAAUGGCAGCCCACCGGCGUACCCACAGUGGAGAACGCCCCUACCCCUGUCCCCAGUGUGGCAGGUGCUUUGGCCAGAAGUCAGCCAUGGCCAAACACCAAUGGGUCCAUAGGCCUGGUGCCGGGGGACACAGGGGCCAGGGUGCCAGUGGGUUGCCUGUGCCCUUAACCCCUGGCCGAGGGAAUCUAGACCCACCUGUGGGCUUCCAGCACUACCCAGAGAUAUUCCAGGAAUGUGGGUGAUGGCCUCACAGGUGCAAAGAGAAAGGGUGAAGAAUUAAACAUUUCCUGAGGCCCAAGCUGGGAUCUGCACUGAACCUCUGGGGGCUCCAGAGAAGUCAUAGAAUUCCUUGAAAGAGCUGGACCUGGAGGAUGAGGACCAUCUUAUUUUAGGCUCUCACCAGCUUGAUAUGCUGACACCUCAUUCUCUGCUGUCGUAGGCUCUAGAAGUCCCCUUUGCUGAGUUACGGCUGAGGUUCGAACCCUCAGUAGUCCUCCACUGUGGGAAGAAAAGGUUGUUCCUCAGCUUAGAUGUGUUAAGAGGAUUGAGGUAGAGAACCUUAGUUUACCCAUUGCCUUUUUUACUGCAGGAGUUAAUAACUGAUGGCCACAUACUAAAUCUGGCCUAUAGCUGUCUUUUAUUUUUUGGGUCAAGUCAGAUUUUAAAAAGUUACAAAUUAUUGGUUGAUUUCACACAAAAAGCCAGGUUUCUGACUUUUGAGAAAUUCAAAAGAUUUGGCAACGCUACUUAAGCUCCCACAAAACCACAGUUGGCAGGAGCUGGGGGCAGUUGUCACCGCAUGCGCACCACUCAGCAUGUUCACCGCUCUCCACAUCAGCUCCUGACCAGCAUCAUUUGGCACGCAUGGUUUGACCAUGUCUCGGGCAAAGCAGGCCUUCUCCAUCCAAUAUUUUCCACUCAUUUGCAGGACCUGUUGGGUUCCUGUGGUCACUGGAGUUUGCAAACCAUGGUCUAUAGCAUGUGAGUUGUCCUGACUUGGGGAUUCAGGCAGAGAACAUAGAUGUGAAAGGGUAGCAGGAGAAAAGUAAAAGUAGGCUUUAUUUUAGAGCUUGCUUGCAUUGUAUUUUGUUUACAAAGUACUAUCUUGUCAGUGAACUCAUUUCACCUUCAUAACUGCCUGAGGAGGGGAGCAUCUUGCUUGGAUAGGACAGCUCAGUCAGGAAGAGGCAGUCAGGACUGAAUCUUUUGUCCCAAACCAGUGGCAUUUCUGCCAAACGACAGCACUGCUCUCAGCCGACCAGCAGUUCCUGGUUUUACAGGGGAAGGCCCUGAGAGCACCCUCCAGUCCUCCAUGGACCUCCCUGGGAGAGCCUGAUGGUUCAGGCCUUAUCUACCCUAGACCCAGCCAGGAGGGCCAACCUCAUCACGUUCUAGAACUGGAAGAGA